AUGGAAUUAAACUACCCCAAACAUAAUCAAAACCUAGGGUUAAGGGUCUGCCCCAUCCUGUACCCCGUCUGCCCCAUCCUGUACCCCGUCUGCCCCAUCCUGUACCCCGUCUGCCCCAUCCUUUACCCCGUCUGCCCCACCCUUUACCCCGUCUGCUCCAUCCUUUACCCCGUCUGCCCCAUCCUGUACCCCGUCUGCCCCACCCUUUACCCCGUCUGCUCCACCCUUUACCCCGUCUGCCCCAUCCUGUACCCCGUCUGCCCCAUCCUUUACCCCGUCUGCCCCACCCUUUACCCCGUCUGCCCCAUCCUUUACCCCGUCUGCCCCAUUCUGUACCCCGUCUGCCCCAUCCUGUACCCGUCUGCUCCAUCCUGUACCCCGUCUGCCCCAUCCUGUACCCCGUCUGCCCCAUCCUUUACCCCGUCUGCCCCAUCCUGUACCCCGACUGCCCCGUCCUUUACCCCGUCUGUCCUGUCCUUCACUCUGCCUGCUAUCAUUCAACUCUGUAGCUCCGUCUUUUGCCCGUCUUCUUUCCCGGUCUUUAACCCUUUCUGUUCCACCCUUUAUAAAAGCGUUACUGAAACAGUAAUAAGCCCAGGCGAGAAAACGAUCAGCAUUAACGUGUUUUUAAUAAAUUAAUUAUUUUGAUUUGAAUCAUUGUAAAGUGUCAGGGCUUCAGAGUCAGACCCUGUCCUUCAUCACUGCAACACAAACAACUUCUUAUUAAAAACACUUUUAUUUUUAUUUUUAACUAAACCUGCUCAAAAGUUUUCCAGGAUUCGCUCGUUUUAAACGGCUUUCAGAAAUGAAAAUAUCAGUAAAAAUCUCAUCAGGAACUUUUUUAGACUGAUUUUCACAUUUGAUGCGUUUUUAUCGUUUGCAUGUCAUCAGUUGUUUUUAUGCAAAUUAGCUAGUUUUGGUGCAAUGACUCAGAAAAAGAGAUUUUCUAAGAGAAGAACAUUUGGUAUCUACUUUAAAAACAUUUCUAUAUUGUGUUUUUUAAUGUUUCAUAACGAAGUCGUGUUUUAAUGAUGUCGGGGUCGUUUCUGUAGCCUGCUAAGUUUCGAUGUAAGUUUCGUUAAAAUCGUCUUCAUGAAUGUCGCGCGUUAUAUAAAACCACGCCCAUGUCGACAUUUUGGUGCUAAUUUAAUGUUUGAUGUUAAACAUUUUCUUCUCAGACUCGUCAGAGUGUCAUUGAGUAACGUACUGUAGAAUGAUAUGAAUAUUUAGUGUGCUAAAUUUAAUGUUAAAAUUGCAGACGGUUAUUUAAACUCCAUCACCGCUGGACUCUUUUCUUCUUUAUUUUUGUGUAAUGACAGUAAGAGACGUAAAUAACGGAGUGUAAAUCAGGAGCGUUGCUGUAAAUUCAUAUUUUCCAAAAUGUGUUGGAUUUUUUUUUUUUAGGGACCAAAUAAAUUAUGAUUCAUACAAAA